CUAUACCGACUGAGCUAAUAUUGGAAACUAAUGUAAAUUGAUAUAUCCCUGAGAUAGUUCUCCUUCCAAAGUUCCGGAGGAUUUAAUCCCGCCGCUUACUGACAGUCGGACACCAGUGAAAGCGAUGACGUAAAGGUACUACCGAGUCAGCGUUGCGAAGAAAGAAACCAACUCAUUUCAUAGCUCGGACGUGUGAGGAAUUCAUGUGGCAGCCAUGAGUUCUGCCUCAUUUCAGAAGGCUACGCUUAGUAUACAACUGAAUCACAGUGCCUGUACACAAUCUGGUCAAUGGACUUGUUCUUCGUGCUUCUUGUUAUCAGCAUCGUAUUCGGAGAGAGUGCAGAACGGCAGACGGAUGCGAGCGGUUGGGAAUGGAGUAGGAGAAUGCAUCGUGUGGAGGAACUUGUACGGCACUGGGCUCCACUGGUUUGGCUUGCGCCAGGAGAGCGCUAUUUCCCCAGUGAUGUUUCCGGAUUUCUCCAGCACGUCAUGCCACACCGGAACGCUGGGAAAUUUUCAGAGUCCUGGUACCUCGCUACGAAGCUAAGUAUUGAUUCGCUUCUACUGGAUUCGACAUCGUUCCUCUACGGGACAAACCCAGCCCUGUCUGCGGUUCCGGUGUACGCAGUGGUCAGCACUUGUCCCAACAAAAGUGCGCUGUUCCAUGUGACCUACUGGAUGUUCUACCCAUACAGUCAGGGGAAGCCCCUGUGCAUGGUGGAUACAGGCCUGUUUGGCACGUGGCCAGUCCCUGCAUUCAACGCGCAGUGUCUGGGGAAAGUCCGGGAGUACGGCAGCCACAUCGGCGACUGGGAGCACAUGAGCCUCGAGUUUCGGGGUCAUGGCAGCCUCCCUUCUGCAAUGUACGUGUCCACCCACGACGCUGGUGCCUUCUACUGGUACAAUGCUGCAAUUGGGGCUUUUGAGUACGAUCGUCAGGAAGUACGAAAAGGGGUGCUACAGAGACCCGUAUUUCCUCCCAGGGCUAAUGUUACCUCUGUAGGACAGCAUCCUAUACUCUUUGCUGCGAGAGGUUCGCAUGGUCUCUGGACUGCUCCUGGUAGACACAAGUACGUGAAAGUGGCUGGGCUGCAUGACGACACAGGAUACGGCGAGCUGUGGCCAACUUGGAAACACGUACAAGUGAUACAUGACUCUGCAAUGCUUCCUGCAUGGUUGCAGUUCCGGGGCCGUUGGGGUAACCCCAAAAGUAAAUGUCAUCCCGUGGCCAGGCUUGCGCUGAGUAUCUGUCAGUACUCCGACGGGCCGACCGGGAUCCCAAUGAAGGAGAACCACUUUAAGUGCUGAGUUAAUAAAUAUUAGCAUGAAGAAAAUGAAAGAAUGCCGUGAGGAGCGUUAGAAAUAUAAUUCAAAGAAAAGUGGCCUCUGAAACGAAUCAGAAAAGGAUGACUCGGUGAAAGAUUGGAAGAGAGCAGGAAAGGAAAGAAGAAAUUGUGAGAAAUUUAGAAGGAAGGGCUGUGGGAAGAAAGAAGGGAUUGGAAAGUAUUCGUCCAUUGACCUAUAUAAAAUGGAAACACUGCUAGAAGGAGAGUAUACGGGGAAGAGUCAAUUAAGAUUAAGAGGAAUAUGGCCGCGAAAAUGCAAGCUUCCAACAUCAAAUAAGGAAAGCAGGUUAAGAAAGCGCUUUGAUGGAGGGGGGAAAUCAGACAUGCGUAUUAGUCGAAAAGCAUUCAAAGGACCAGUUAGGAGACCUAAGACUGGAUGAUAAUUUUGAGAAGGAUUUUAAUGAAGCAGGAUGCAGACCGGAUUCAUCUGGCUCAGGAUAGGGACUAGGAGCGUGCUCUUAUGAAAACGUUAUUGAGCCUUCGAGUCUCAUAAGAGUCAAAGAAUAUCUUGACUUGCUAAGCAACUAAUAAAAUCUUUGCUCCAUUGGAUUAUAAUAAUUCAGUUGUGUGUGUUUCAAUAAUAAUAAUAAUAUGAUAUAUUUGCUCCAUGUAAAAGAGGUUGAGCAACAGGAACGACAGUUUCUAAGUAAUACACGCUAGAAAAAUAGAACAGCGGUUUAAUGCAACCCGUUUCAAAACAACGGCUCGGUACUUGCGCGUAGGCAGUGACGUCACACAACAGUGGAUAGAGACCACUUGACGUGUUUUCUGUAGAUCCGCGACGAAGGUUUGUGGGGGACUGUAAAAGUCGUUCGCAGUCAGUCGUAAGCUGGAGGAGUGAGUAACAGAUGGACUUCACAUGAGUUCCGAAGUUCUAAGGGAACAGCAGUGUGGCCAGAAGAACAAUUAGAAAACCUAGUGUGUGACGUUGCAUGCGUUGCAGCACAGUGAUAUUGGGAGUGUGUGAUUAAGUGAGACUCUUAUAGUUCCUGUGUUAUA